AUGGGUUUGCUCAGUACUCACGCCCAGGGCACCGCCGACCCUCCUGAGGUGCGCAAUUGGUACAUCCAUUGGAUCGCCCUCGUUGCGUCCAUGUCGGCUCUAGCCAUGGGCUACGACACCGCCGUCAUCGGCGGCACCAUGGCCCUCGACGCGUUCCGCAAGGACUUCAACAUGCUGGACAUGGAGAGCCGCGCGCGCGACACCAUCCAGGGCAACAUCGUCUCCACCUUCCAGGCCGGCUGCUUCUUCGGCGCCCUCAUCACCUUCCCCGCCGCCGAGCGCUUCGGCCGGCGCCCAACCAUCCUCGCCGCCGCGCUCGUCUUCCUCCUCGGCGGCGCCCUCAUGACCGCCGCCUCCGGUAACAUGUCCAUGAUCGUCGCCGGCCGCGCCGUCGCAGGCCUCGGCAUCGGAUCCACCUCCAUGUGCGUCCCCGUGUACAUCUCCGAGACCGCCCCGCCGUCCAUCCGCGGCCGGCUGGUCGGCAUCUUUGAGAUUGCCUCCCAGGGCGGUGGCAUGCUCGGCUUCUGGAUCAACUACGCGACGUCGAGGACGAUUUCCAAUGAGAGCAAAUCGCAGUGGAUCGUGCCGCUGGCGCUGCAGCUGGCGCCCGGAGUGCUGCUGUUCCUGGGGAUGCUGCUGAACCCGGAGUCGCCAAGGUGGCUGGCGCGCAAGGACAGGUUCGAGGAGGCGGAGAAGGUUCUGACGAGAUUGCGAGGCUUGCCGGCGGAUCAUGCGUAUAUUCGCCGCGAGAUUGGGGAUGUACGGCUGCAGAUUGAGGAGCGUAGCACGUUGAGGUUGACGCGCAGGCAGCAGUUCGAAAAGCUGUUCCACAAGGGCGUGCGCAACCGCAUGGGCAUCGGCAUGGGGCUCAUGUUCUUCCAGAGCUUCACGGGCGUGAAUAUCAUCACGUACUACGCGCCGCGCAUCUUUGAGACGCUCGGCAUCACGGGCACCAGCACCAAGCUCUUCUCCACGGGCCUGUACGGGUGCUUCAAGACGCUGGGAAUGAUUGCGUUUACCUUUGUGGUCGUCGAGCGCGUCGGUCGCCGCAAUGGACUGAUUUGGGGUGCAGUUUUGGGAUGCCUGCCCAUGUUCUACCUCGGGGCCUACGUCCUCAAGGCCGAUCCGGCCGGUGCCGCUGCCGACGGCGUGACGCAGCGUGAUGCGGCGGGAUACUUUGCCAUGGUCUGCGUCUACUUUAAUGCCUUUAUCAUCUGCGCUACCUGGCAGGGUAUCACUUGGACGUACGCCUCUGAAAUUUUCCCUCUCGACAUUCGCAUGCUCUGCGUUGCCAUCACCACAGCUGUGACUUGGGUGGGCUCUUUCAUCGUUGCGCGCUCGACCCCCUACAUGAUCACCGCGCUGGGAUACGGCACAUACUUUAUGUUUGGCGGCUUCGUCACUGCCAUGGGUCUGUGGGCUUUCUUCUGCAUUCCCGAGACCAAGGGCGUCAUGUUGGAAGACAUGGAUUCUUUGUUCGCGCAGUCGACUUUCAAGACUGUUCUUGCUCAGAUGCGAGGCUACAAGUUUGGAGGUGGAAGCAGGUCCUCUGGCGCGCCUGAGAACGACGACAAGCGAGGCAGCUUCCUAGAAAAAGGAGAGGUCAAGCAGGUCGAGAGGAUAUGA